CAGAACACUGAAGGAGCCUCGCGUUCCAUGUUCUCCGUUGGUGGAUUAAAACGUCGUGACUGCUGAAGUUGAAAGAUUCCUUCAAGCAGCGGCUGAUAGCAGCUGCUAACGAUCAUCUGCUACCGAGUUUUCACGACAUAUUCAGUGGCUAUAAGCGACAGACGAGACGAAAAACAAUCCUGCGGCAGAUGGAGACCGAGAGAGCAGAACCAGCCGACGAUUUGGAUGCACCUCUCCACCCUGCCCACCAGAUGUGUUCCGAGUCUGACACUGAUGACAGUGAGGACUGGAGAGAGACCAGUAACAUUCGGUCAGAUUCCAACUCUGUUGAGAAUCCAAACAUUGAUGUCAAAGAGCAGACGGAUGAUGCUGAUCACAAAUCACUGAUCGACUCGACAUGUGGGAAGAACUGCACCUCAAAAGCUAAAUUGACAGAUUCCAAGAAAUCCUGUGGUGGAUCUCUGACUUGUUUGCUUUGUGGGAACCAUUUUGAAACCCGAAGGAAACUGUUGAGCCACAUGAGAAUUCACACUGGUGAAAAACCUUUCAUCUGCUCCCUGUGUGGAAAAGGUUUUUCAGUAAAAGGUAGCUUGAACAGACACAUGAGCGUCCACACUGGAGAAAAACCAUUCAUCUGCUCCCAGUGUGGAAAACGUUUUUCACAAAACAGCGGCCUAAAGGAACACAUGACGAGUCACACUGGUGAAAAACCUUUCAUCUGCUCCCACUGUGGAAUAGGUUUUACACAAAACAGCGGCCUAAAGAAACACAUGACAAUCCACACUGGUGAAAAACCUUUCUUCUGCUCCCAAUGUGGAAAAGGUUUCUCACUCAACAGCAGCCUAAAUAAACACAUGCGAACUCACACUGGUGAAAAACCUUUCAACUGCUCGCUGUGUGGAAUAGGUUUUACAGUCAACAGCAGCCUAAAGAAUCACUUGAGAGUUCACACUGGUGAAAAACCUUUCAACUGCUCCCAGUGUGGAAAAGGUUUUUCACUCAACAGCAACCUAAAUAUACACAUGCGAACUCACACUGGUGAGAAACCUUUUUUCUGCUCCCUGUGUGGUAAAUGUUAUUCAGAGAGCGGCAGACUAAAGAGACACAUGAGAGUUCACACUGGUGAAAAACCUUUCAUCUGCUCUCAGUGUGGUAAAUGUUUUUCCGAGAGUGGCGGACUAAAGUAUCACAUGAGAACUCACACUGGUGAAAAACCUUUCAUCUGCUCCCUGUGUGGUAAACGUUAUUCAGCGAACAGCAAACUGCAGAGACACAUGAGAGUACACACUGGUGAAAAACCUUUCAUCUGCUCCCUGUGUGGAGAAGGUUAUUCAGACAGCUGUGGAUUAAAGUAUCACACGAGCGUUCACACUGGUGAGAAACCUUUCAUCUGCUCCCGUUGUGGAAAAGGUUUUUCACUCAACAGCAACCUAAAGCAACACAUGAUAACGCACACUGGUGAAAAACCUUUCAUAUGCUCCCAAUGUGGUAAAGGUUUUUCACUCAACAGCAACCUAAAGAAACACAUGAAAACUCACACUGGUGAAAAACCUUUCAUCUGUUCCCAGUGUGGCAAAUGUUUUUCAGAGAGCAGCAAACUAAUGUGUCACAUGAGAGUUCACACUCGUGAAUAGCUUUGCAUUUGCUCCCAGUGUGGUAAAUGUUAUUCAGAGAGCUGCGGACUAAAGUAUCACAUGAAAGUUCACACUGGUGAAAAACCUAUCAUCUGCUCCCACUGUGGAAAAGGUUUUUUAGGUAGCGGCAACUUAGAAAAAAACGCAUGAAACUUCACACUAGUGAUAAACCUGUCAUCUGCUCUCAUUGCGGAAAGUGUUAUUCAGAGAAAAGUUGCCUAAUGAGACAUAUGAAGAUUCACUCUGGAGAAAACUUUCAUUCCGUUUACUCCAUUUGAUACCAUAAAAUACAUUGUUGACUACAUUUGUUGAGUACCUUGAAUGACUAUUGAGAGAAGCGUCAAGCAGUACAAAACAUCAAAUGUUGUUUGGGUAAAAAGUAUUGACACCUCCACUUCAAUGGUUUGGAUUGCUUCUCUGCACUGUUUUGAUGGCGCUUGCUGUUUGUUUAUGUUACGUUUCGUAACCCGUUUGAUGCAAACUUCUAGGUCAUCACAGUUGUACAAAGCAGGAGAGAUGGUUACCACUCAUCCCUCAUUUUUUAUAGUUGCUUUUCCUGUUUCACCUUUUUUUUCGUUCUUCAUCUUUUAGUCAUAACAACAAGCUUCCAUGCUCACUGGCACUGUUAGAAUACCCAGCUGUCAUGCAACGCUUCAUGGUUUCUGUUCUGAUACUGAAGCUGGAGAGCUUUUUUUACCUGCAUUCUGCAGGAUCCACCUCCAGUGACGCCACAAAGGCUUGUUUCGGGUUCUGACUUUGAUGCACUUAGCACUGCAUUUACACUUAUUUAGCAUUGUAAUUCAGCAAGGAUGGAAAUCUAAGUCCUUUGUGUGAUGCCCUACUGUGCAUUCAGAAUGGUGCUAUGUAGUUUAAAAUGUAAAUGGUUAUGGAUGGCUGUAAAAUCCAAACUGCUGCUGUUCUGGCAACUGUUCUGGCUGUGGAUAGCCUGGAGGUGGCAGUGUGACGUCAUGCACCUCGCACUGAGGUGUGGUGUACAGCCAGGAUGUUGCGACUGGUUGCUUUAUGAUCUUCCUCUUUCUUGUUCAGUCUUGGAGGGGGAAAGACGCUGAGUGCCCGUCUCAUGUCUUGGUCUUUUUUUCACAUGAAGUGUUGUUUCCGUUUUAUGUUCAUGUGUUGGAUUGUUCUCGAAUAAUUGUUGUCAGCCAAGUUUGCAUGUGUAGAUGGAGGUGUGUGAGUUAUGUAGCAUAAGCUUCUCUGAUUCAAUGAGACUGCGAUUGAGUGGAAAAUAUGUGUGGAAUAUAUGUGGAAAAUAUGCAAUAAAGAAAACCUGUCUUGUUCAGACUUGUCUAAUUCUUAAUUUCAGUCACUUUUGGCAAAGAUACAUGUUUUAUCUGUUCCCAAGACCCACCCAAGUGGGACGUUUAACAUAUGUUUGCAUGCUUGUGUGAUCGGAACCAUUCUGCAAUUACACAC